AUGGUUCAACUAUACUACCACGACAACAAAGACACUGAAGACAACUUCACUGACGACCACAACUCCGGAGUCCCUGUUUCAUUUGAAGAGUUGGAACAACUAGGCGUUAUCUACAAGUAUGUCACGACACAAGAAGAACUAGACGCAUUGGCCAAGGAAAGGGAAUACAAGAAUAGGGACAAGAUUCAUUUGAACUUGGAAACUUUCAAAAACGAUGUGGAUGCUUACAACGCCAAAAUGAAGCAAUUUUACACAGAACACUAUCAUGAAGAUGAAGAGAUUAGAUAUAUUGUUGAUGGGGAGGGUUUUUUCGAUGUUAGAGAUGAAGGUGACAAAUGGAUCAGGGCUAAAUUGUCAAAGAAUGAUUUAUUGAUUUUGCCAGUGGGAAUUUAUCAUCGGUUUACUUUGACCAACUCGAGAGAAGUUACAGCUAUUCGUUUGUUCAAAGACGAGCCAAAAUGGGAAGCCAUCAAUAGAGUGCAUUAA